GAGAGAAACAAAGAGAGAGACAUUGUGAAAAGAAACACUGAAAAUUGCAGGAAACACAAUUGUUUUGCAGGUUCGCGUUGAUUCGCUGCUGCGUUGAACUGGUGCGGUCAUGGAUUUCCGGAAGUUAUGUACGUGCCUGUGAUGCUCUUCCGUGAUGUUUUAUGCAUUUAACAUUUUCUAUGUUUGCCGGUUGUUGCAUUCUUGUCCGACGCUGCAUGUUGCAUAGAAAGCCACGAUAGGACGAUGGCUGAAUUUCUCAGUUUGUAUAUUGGAAUUUUAUUUAGAUAAUUUGUGAAACACAUGGCAGGAGAGAAAUCUUUGAAUUACCGUACAUCUUGUACGGAUGAUGACGAAAUUGAAGGUCUUAAUGAAAAACUACUGCAACUCUUAUCUGCGCAAAAGGUCUUGCCUCAAAUUCCCCAAAGUCAAUCAUUGUGUGACGAUAGACUAGAAAAUAACAGUAAUUCCAAAGUAGGAUUCAAAGUAUCAGCUUCUUCAUUAUUCAGCCAUUGUAGACACGAGUGUUCUCUUUUACAUCAUGAUAGUCCAGUUAAUAUACCAACUCUACCAAUUCAUCUUCCACCUAUCGGUGUAUUUUGGGACAUUGAGAACUGUCAAGUUCCUAAAGGCAGAUCCGCCAUAGCAGUUACACAAUUAAUAAGAGAUACAUUUUUUAAUGGCUAUAGGGAAGCAGAAUUUAUCGUAGUUUGCGACGUUCAAAAAGAAAAUAACCAAAUUAUACAAGAACUGAAUGAUGCUCAGGUUAAUUUAAUACAUGUAGCUGCCACAUGUAAGAAUGCUGCGGACGAGAAACUUAAACAAUCCAUCAGAAGGUUUGCCGAUAUUCAUGGUAGUCCAGCAGCCAUAAUUUUAAUAUCUGGUGAUAUUAAUUUUGCUGCUGAUCUCAGUGAUUUACGUCAUAGGAAAAAAAUUUAUGUAAUACUGUUACAUAAAAAAAAUACUUCAGAAGCAUUAAUAUUAUGCGCUAAUGAACAUUAUGAUUUUAUGGAGCUCACAGAACCACUUCCGUCCAGAACUCCAGCAAAGGGAAAUGAAUCCUAUGACCUUUUAGUUAGUAAUCUUCCUGAUGAAAAGGAUGUUAAUGUCAUUAAACGUCGACUUAAACAAUUAUCUGAAAAUUGUGGUGGUCGUGUGAUAGAUGUUCAAUCAAGUACUGCCGUUGUACGCUUUACGUCGCACAGUUCUGCAGACAGAGCUCAAAAGCGUAUGGAAGGAGAAUAUGUUCUUGGAUCAAAAAUACUUGUAAGAUAUCUUGGUAAAGAAAAAGGAAAUACAAUUGGCAAAAAUCCAGCAGAUAUUAUAACACGAAGUCGGGCAGUUAGUGAAUCGGAAAUUGUUACCGAGCAAAGCAGCUCUAAGCAAAUGUAUGCUGCGAGUGCCUCUGUGUUAGGGACAAGAACCCUCCAAUUCCCAAAUUAUCAAACAUCAUCACCUGUAGUCGGCGCGUAUCCCGCUUUUAGCACUCAUUGUGCGCCCAUCAAUGCCCCGCUAUCAGGAAUGGUGCAGCAGCCUCCCAUAUUUUUUGGAAGAUCAUUUACAAAUAACGAUGUGACUUUUAACAGGACAUAUAAUGAGCUUGCUAGAGUGCAGUCACCAUUAAUUUGGCCAAUUGUGGGACCUCAUCAGUACAACCAUAUGUGGGAAGAACAAUAUAAAGUGGAGAAAUCAAAGAUAACAGGAAAACGAGCUCAUGUCUCGCAGGUUCGAGACAAUAAUGUUGCUAUUGGUGUAACUUCUCGUACUCCCGAAGGUCUUAGGCGAAUCAGAGGCACACAUGGUUCUUUUACUUACACUUCUGAAUGGCUUGGAAGUCGACAGUCGCAUAGUUCAUUAGCUGUUCCACUUAAUUAUAACGGACAAUCCAAUUCUUUUAAACGGCGUAGUCCAUCUCCUCUGUACGAUGCAACUAGAGAAAAAAGUACAUGGCAUGGUCAGAAUCAACAGCAAAUUUCUACACGAAACAACAAAACGCCAUCACCUUAUGAAAAUAACAUAUUGCAAGGGACAGGACAACACAACCAAACCUCGCGUUCUUCGCAUUUAAGUGAUACAGAAAAUGAAGAAGUAGAGAAAUUUUGUAAUCCUAUAAAUAACCGCAAUGGAUCUAGCACUAAUAAUGGCACUAAUACACCUAUCGAAUUGCAAGUAACAAAUUUAGAUCAAAGCAUCGAUAUAAAGGAUAUGAAGCGGAUUCUUUCGUCUAUAUUUAUGGAACACGUCUCGAGUUGUCAUAUUUCUAUCUUUAUGCAAUCGGACGGUAAUUAUGCCGCCAGCGUCAAAGUGCUUUCGCUAUCGGACGCACAAUAUGCAAUUUCGCAAUUACAUCGCCGUAAAAUAGGGUAUAAACGUAUAUUGAUAUCUUAUGCUCAUAUCGGUGGACCAAAUCCCCAACUUAUUCGAGCGCAAAUCGUAUUGCUUCUGCAAGAAGUCCCGGGACACAAACUUCCGCUAUUCAAGUUUCGCGAAAUGUACGAGAGCCGAUUUAUGAUUUCUGUAAGUGUUUCCGAAUUGUAUAAAAUGAGAGAUGUAUGCAUAAUUACUGAAGAUCCAAGCGGCAGAAUGGUCUCGCUCAAUCCGGAUCAUAGAAACACGCCGUCGCCAUGCAACAAUACAGUACAAGAUGGGCAAGUCAAGUUACCAUAUUGUACAAUCCAUAUUGCAAAACCAUUGUCCGACAAAGGCUGGGCGGAACAAGAGAUGGCAUCCUUACCUAAUGUAAACAUCUCCUUGAAAGUUCUCGAGUCUCGUAUGCAAGAAUUAUUAGCAUCGCACAGUGGCAUACUACCUCUACCAACUCUACCAACUUGUUAUGAGGCUGAAUUCCAGGAAAAGUUGGAAAUUGUAGAACAAGGUGUACCUUUAGAACAUUUGGUAUCGUGUUUAUCAUCUAUUGAGUUAAGACAAGAUAUCGGCAGCGUAAAGUAUCUCGUGUGGGUAGGAAAAAAGGAUCACGAAAGUAAUCAUGAUGACCUUGCUUCUCUUCCAGAAACAAAGUGCGUGAGUCCAUCGCUCGCAAACCAAUUGGCUCUUUUUAGUCGUGAAUUAGUCGAUCUUUUGAAAACCGCUCCGCACUGCCAAUUACCUUUUAAUCGAUUUAUACCAGCGUAUCAUCAUCACUUUGGACGGCAAUGUAGAGUCGCCGAUUAUGGAUUUACUAAAUUAAUUGAUUUGCUGGAGGCACUUACACACACAGUCCAAGUAAUGGGUGAAGGCAACAAGCGCGUGGUUACGCUAUCUCAUCGUGCUCAAGUACGUCGAUUCACUUCGGAUUUAUUACGAGUGUUGAAGUCGAAAGCGAGCAAACAAGUAGCAUUGUCGGAAUUUCCAAAUGUUUAUGGUAGAGUAAUAGCAAAGCCAUGGGAUAUUGUGGAUUACGGUGUGUGCAAUAUCGAAGAUAUUCUCGGUGAAGUGUCCGAAAACACGGUUGUUGUAACACCUAUCGAGGGCGGCGAUAAAAUGAUUGCUAUUCCCAAACGUGAACAGACUGUGGAAGAGGUAGAACGAACAAGAUUGUUCGCGAAGGAAGUUGUCGAAUUACUACAACAUGCGCCUCAAUGUAGAAUGUUAUUUAACAAAUUUGUACCUUCCUAUCAUCAUCACUUUGGUCAUCAAUGUCGAGUGUCGGAUUAUGGAUUCACUAAAUUGAUUGAAUUAUUCGAAGCAAUUCCGGACAUAGUUAAAAUUGAAGAGGUUAAUGGAGGCGAGAGACAGAUAUCCUUGACUGAGAAAGAGGGUCUUAAAGUACUUGCCGAACAAAUAUCGAAAUUAGUAAUGCGCACCAGAGGUGGUCUUAUGGUCUCGAACAUUGCACAAACAUUUCUACAUCAAUUCGGCUACGCUUUACGUCCCGGAUUGUUCGGUUGCAAUUCCAUGUUACAUCUUAUGCAAAAGCUUGGAGAUACCAUUCAGAUCAUAGAUUUAGCCACAGGACCUGCUAUUAUCACAAUAGAUAAAUCACACUUGCAACAAACAACUCUUCAAUGUCGACGAAUAUUAAUGGAUCAACCUCAACAUAGAAUGCCCGUCAAGGAAUUUGUUCAACAAUACUCUCAGUAUUACUUGAAACAAUGUAAUCUAGACGAGUUUAGGAAAGAUCUGGCAAAUGUUGUUAAGUUUACAGUGAUAAAUGGCGAACAAUUCAUCGAACUAACACCGUUACAUCGUUUCGCCUGUGAUCUUUAUCGCGUAAUAAUGAAUUGCGGUGGUACAUUAAAUUUGUCGCAGUUUGAUGUAUCAUACUCGACUAUCAUAGGUUCACCUUGUAAACCUGCACAAUAUGGUUUUCCAACAAUAACUGCACUUUUACAAGCGUUACCUUGCACUAUAACGAUAAAAGAAACACGGAAGAAAGAAGCGGUUAUUUAUUUAAAUAAAAAAUUGACUGCUGCGGCCGGUAUACCUUUACCAACGGUGUACAAGUCGAUGUCAUCCUAUCACGAUACGGAUUCCAGUAAUGAUUCAUUCGAAAGUGAUUCUUCUUAUCGCGUAAAUGUCUCGAAUACUUUCGGUAUGGUGGAUAAUCACGAGAAAUGGCUAGAUCAGUUGACCACAAACAUUAAUUCUUGGAAAGGGAAAGAAGAUAAAGCUUUGUGGUCGGAGAAUCGUAUCAAGCAUUGGAAAAACUUGACAAGUUUGGAAGAACGUUCGAGGAAUUGGCCGGAAAGCGGCAGCGAAAGCUUCCUGAAGAGUUUAAUACGCACACCGAUAAUGCAACAUGAUUUCUCUGCACCGCCACCUAAGCCCGAUUCCCCACUCGAGGAUACCAUGUGUAAGGAAGAGCAUUGGAAAUCAUCGUUAUGGUCUCCAACGAAAUUUACUUAUUCGCAAGACGAACAUUCCACCAACGUACAGGUUCCUCCGUUAACUUUACCGAAUUGGAAUCAAUUACUGUCCGGUGAUGGUACGUCUGACUUGUUAUCACCAACAAAAAAUCUAUUACCUGCCGCUGCGAAUCCUUUAUAUCCGCCUACUUCUCCUUAUUAUUCCAAGUCUGUUGUUGCGCCACAUCCGUCUGAAUUGCCGCUUCCUUCUUUAUCCCUAACACCGAAGAAAAAGACAUUGAUAGAUAAUCAGAAGAAGACUACCGCGAGGAUGCAUCUCAAUCUUGUAAGCUCCGAAAGCGAAGAUAAUACUAUCGAUGAUGAUGAGAACAGCGACAGUUAUAGCACUUCUAGUAAACUCUUAACUAAGGGCAAGAGACGCUUGGCAGCUCAGUUUAAUCAGCCAAUCGAGCCAUGAACAGAGAAUAUACAGAAAAAGAUGUUAAAAAGUGACAGUGCUUAGGAUCAAAACCGAUUGAGUUUGAUAAAUUUUAUGCUUGGGAAUAAUAAGAAACUACAAGCUUCAAUUACAUUACGGUCAUUUGAUUGUCGUCUAAAAUGGAUUAGAUUAACUAUAUAACUAUGGAUUCAUGGAUAGUGGUAGGUACCACACACUUUAUUUAUACUUGAAAUUUACAAAAAAUUUGUGUAUAGAGUAAAUGUGCUAUAGAGAAAGAAUACUGCUUAUAACACUUGAAUUAUUUUCAAAUCGUAUGAAAAUAUACAUCGAGUAAAUAUGUGAUUGAUAUAAUCAGGAUUCUAAUAUCAAAUGCGUGAAUGAUUGAAUUUAUACCGAAUGACAUGUGCUGAUGGUUAGGAAACAUAUAGCAUUUUUCGUACUGUGAUAUAGGAUAAAAAAAGGAAGAUGAUAGUAGUACUAUAUAUAUUAAAAAAAGAAAGAUUUGGAUGGCAAUAAUUAAUCUUUCGGCAAAUCACAUUCAAGAAGCGUGGCGCAAUAUAUUUAAUUGAGAUUUAUUAUGAUUUAAAUCUUUUU